CCAGUGUGAGAGUGUGUGUCGACCAGUGUGCACGCGGGGACCACCAGGCUCUGACACACGCACAUAGACGUACACGCGGCAUGCUUUGGCGUCCUCCAGCAUAGUGACCAUGGACGCCUCACACACACUGCUGCUGCUGCUGGGAUGGGUGUUGGUGCUGGUGUCUUCCGUCACCGCUCAGAGGUGGACGCCUCCAUCAGGCGAGGCACCGAAGGGAGGGGAGCGCCUGGACACCCAUCACUCGGUGCUCCCUCUUGUAAGAUUCGUGUGCGAGGGCAGGAGUGAAGGGUACUAUGGGGACAUGGACUUCGGCUGCAUCGUCUUUCACUACUGUGACAAAGACGCCCACCGCUUCUCCUUUAAGUGCGAUGAGGGAAUGAAAUUUAAUGAGGUGACAACCUCAUGCAGCGCGGGUUACUUCGGAGACUGCAGUCACCCACAGAUUGUGGGUUCUACCAGACGGGAUGAUUCUACAAAAUCUACCCACGCUGACAGCAUAGUAAAAAUUCCAGGUUUUGUUAGGAAGGCUGAAAGGGAAGGUUUAAAACAGCCAGAUGAGGAGCCAGGGAUAAACAUUGAGGAUGAAGACCCAGCACUUUACUUAGACGAUAACUACGAUCUCUAUGACGCAGCAGACCAGGAGCCAGACGCCUCCAUCAGAAUCACCAGAAACAACAAUGUCAAGCGAUCGUGGGACAGUCCCAUGAUGUCUGCACUGUCAGCUUUCGCCUCCCUCGCCAAUAUCCCCUUGGACAACUCUAUGCUUGAAGAGGGCAACAGGGAAGGCCGUGGAAGGAACAUUGACCACGUGGAUGGGUUUGACGCUGUGGACAGAGCAUUUGUUGCCCAUCCGCCAUCACAUCGCAGGACGCAACACACACAAAGCAACGUAGGGUUCAUGCAAUUGCCUUUCUUCCAGCCUGAGACAAAAAAGGGAAGAUUUACUCCCCAUCGCAGUCCACCGCGCAUCCAAAGCAUCAACAAGCCCCGUCAUCGGCGACCUCAUCUUAGACCCGAUGCUCAAGACCCAUACCUUGAACCUCCCCAGCGGCACCAGCGACCGCCGCAGCCCUUCCCGAUUGGUACUAACUUUGAUUUCCAUAAUGACGAUCACCAUGAGUCAGUACAAAGCAAACCCUCGAUAGGGUCUUUCCGUCCCUCGUCGCUGCUAAACGGCGGUCAGAAGGACGAAUUUCAGCCUGUGACAGAAGGAAAACAGUCCCCAGCGGCUCGAGAAGCUGCUGACCUUAUUCGACCUCACAGGAACGCACAGGGAGGGGCAAUUUCUACUACUUUCCAAAGUUUUUCACCCGGACUUUCCAAUCAGAACACCGCCUCUAGGUUUCCAUCGCAGAACACCUUCACUCGGCCGACCUCGUCAUCCAGACCUGUCCAGAGCGUGCCUUCAGGAUUUUUGACAGGAUCGCAGUUCCCUUCCACAGGCAGCUUCUUGUUUCAUCAGCCUCCUGUCCCCUCACUCGUCUCAAGUAGGCCAUUUCACCAUGUUCUACCAUCAGGAACAGGUUUUCGUAGCACACCUGCCCCUGAAUUUCAACAACAAAGUUCCUUCGGCUUUCAGCAUCAACCCCAGCAUCAGCAACAUUCUCGUCCUCAUCCUCAACCAGGCCAAACCAUUGUUCGUCAGACACUACCAAGGCCUGCUCAGCCCUUUAUUCAUCAGCCUCACUCACACCCCCAGACAGCACCAAGUUCAAGUCAGUCAUCCACUCAAACGUUCGGUCGUCCCAAAGAGCCUCAGCCAGUGCACACCUUCAGCUUCUCCAAUCCGAGACAACCUCAGCCACCACCUUUUGUACAUGGACAAAGCUUCACAACUCAGCCCUCCAUCUUCAGUCAGGGAAUCAACAGCCCACCCGUACCACAGCAACCAGUACAAAAGUUUGAACGUCCAUCUACUGCCCCAGAACCAUUCAAUGUCUUCAGUCUGGCAGAGGUUCCCUUACCCACUACAGAUAGUAUUGAGAGACCAUCUUCUAGGCCAACUUUCUCACAAUCGGACACUCGAGAACGUAAUACUUUUAGAGUUUCCUCUCCAACUCCUUUCACAGAUACAACUUCAGAGCCUUUGGAUGACUUUGACUUCAGCAAUCCUGAGCUACAGCAAGAGAGUCCCCUGGACCAGACGGAAAUAAAUAAACAACAGCCAGCUUCUCCUGCCCGCCGGCCAUCAAAGCCCUCCACACCCUUACACUCUUCUCAAAAUCCUACCCGCCAUCCAGAUUCCAGCUUCAAUGACACACCAAGAAUCACCACACAUUCUGAUCCAUUGGAGGCUUUUGGUCGCCCCAUGAGAGAAAGGACAAGAGGCAGACCUGUGGAGAGGCCAGCAUUGGACGAAAAGCAGACCACUCAACGAAAACCAGUCAGUCUCGUUACAGAACAGCCAGAGAGGCGGAGGCCUUCCAGAACACGACGACCUACCAGACCGCUAGAUUCAACACCUCACAAUGUUCAACAGGAAGAGAACCAACCAUUCAGCCACUCUAGUGAAAGAUUGCCGCAGGUGCCAAGGCUUCACCCGCAGCCCAUUGCUCCUGUUACUGAGCAAAACCCUUCGUGAACCCAACUCACUUUACGCCACACACGCAGGUACCAUUCACGCGAUUCCCGGGUGUAUUUGACAGUCAUCCAGAAGGACAAUUUCAACCAACUCCCAAUGUGUUUGAUUUUCCCACUGGUGACAGGAAUGUACCAGAGGGAUUUCAACAACUGGGUAAUGAUAUCCCUCCUGAUUUUAGUUUUCCAACAGGAGUGCAAGGAGAAGAGAUAAAUGGCGCAGAGGGAGUUGAAGAGGAUACUAAUGUUAUUCAGGACGCUCAUGGUGAUAACCUACAUGAGACUGAUGAGGAAGUCACUGCCACUACUCCCUCCACGAUAUCUGACAUCACGACAAACACUCCAUCACGGCGCCGCCGCCCAAACAUUAGAACACGCCUGCCACAGCGUGGCUCUUCUCGCACCACUACACCACCUCCUGAUGCCUUCCAGACAGAAGAUCCUGUUCAGUAUGACUAUGAGUAUUCUGAUGAUUCUCUGGUCACCACUCAGACCCCAGCCACCGAGGAGACGCCAACGACUACUACGACACUUUCACCCUUUAGACAAAGGAUAAAAGACCGCCUAAACCGUCUCAAGAAUAGAAGGAGGCAAAGUAUUGCCUCCCGCACCACAACAAGACUGCCAAGCUCUGAGCAAAGUCCUUCACGAAGCACUACCAGGCAGCCCAGUAAUGAAAGUGACUCUGUUCGCUUUACUGGUACCAGAGGCAGCUCUGAAGACAGAUCAGAUUCUGAUCAGACCACUACGACAGUAUCACCACGACGCCGUCUGCUUAGACCUCGAGGAUUUGAUCGUAAAGGUU